AUGUCGUACUCCGGCUCAACACAGUAUAUUGAGACACAACCAGCCAGCCCACUUCUCCGUCUCCCAGGUGAACUUCGUAGUCAGAUCCUCAGCUACGUCGUUGCUCAGCCUACCUCCAUCGUCCUCUGGCCUCCCUCGGCGCCAUUCAGUAUUGACCUGAACGUGCUCCGUACAUGCCGUCAACUCUUCUCCGAAGCCAGCUACCUCCUGCACCACUUAAAUACCUUCGAAGUUCUGAUCGAAAGUCGCGGGAGCAUUACCUCUUUACAUUUCUCGAAAUACCAUUCGAUAUGUGAGCAUCGCGCGGAAGAGGCGGUUGAAGAAGUUAUGAGAUUGUUCGUGUCGAAGUUCCAAAGGUUCCAGUUCAGGUUCGCGAAUAGCAAGGGAAGGGACUCAUUGGGGAAGACAAUGAUGGCAAUGGGAGAACUGUUGAACGAUAAACACGUCACAGUCGUCCUGCCUCCUGCAAGACCUGAUCGAGGUUCAUCAACGGCAGUAGCAGGAGCAGGACGAGCACGCAAAUACCCACAGAUAGACAACUUACUUCUCCCAUUCUCACUCCUGCGAUGCGCGUCUCUCAAGAUUCUGAGCAACGAGUCUAAUCCUCGUCAUCGCGACGACGGAAAACAGCACCAGAAACUCAUCGACCUCGUCACAAGCAACAGACCGAUCGUCGACAUGGCAAAGCAAUAUGAAGAUAUCCAGCGGACUGCUAGAGGCGUGGAGAGAAUGCUAAUCCGGAUCAGUGUCUCGAGCGAAGAGUUCGAGAUGCGACGUAUUGAGCUGUUUGAGCAUAUGUGGGGGAUGUGUGAGAGUGCGCAUGAGUCGGAUCAGGGCAUGUUUCUGGCGAAGAUGGACGAAUUUCAAAGGUGCUAUCAAUGGAUUCAGGAGCAGCAAUGA